UGGUGCGCCAGUGUUGUUCGAGUAUGGCAAGGGGCCACAUUACGCGUUUGCGCCGUUGGAUUCCUGGAUUUAAUGUACUUAGGGGCCUCCGAAUUGGCCCGAAACAUGUCGCAGCAAUAGCGAUAUAAUAACCACAAAAUGGACAACCCAAACUUCGUAUUAAAUUUCGUAAAAAUCGUCGAGAGACACCCGGUGCUAUACGACCAGAAAUUGCCCCAUCGCACCGCGGCACUCUAUAGCAUUACGUGGGAGAAAGCCGCAGCAGAAGUCAGGAAUGAGUUGAAGGUAGACUGUACAGUUGAUGAUUUAAAGGUUAAAUGGAAAGGAAUACGUUCAUCAUAUGCCAGAUUUAAAAGGAAGCUAGAAAAGUGCAGCGACGGUACAAAACAAUAUUAUCUCUACGAUGCACUAAGUUUCCUUGCUCCACACACAAAACAUCGGCAAAAACUUCCUAGAACAGAAAAUCUUGAUGAUUAUCAAGAUAGUGACGUCGAAGAAUGGGAUCCUGAAUUACCGCUGCAAAUGUUGAACGAAGACACCAUUGCCAGUAAUAUAUCAUUGCCAGUAUGUAUUGGCAAGAACCUAGAACUUAACUCAGUAAAAAUAGAACCGAUAGAUGAAAACCAACUCGUGGACACUACGGACAUUUCUAGUGAUGAUAACCAGCAACGUCCAGAAGAAACUCAAGCUCUAAAGCGGAAAGGUUUUACGGAUAUCUUUGAAACUACCGCUAAAGUACAAAAGAUUGAAGAAAAUGCCGAUAUGCAAUUCUUUCGGAGCAUACUGCCUGAUAUUGAUAAUUUCACAAAUUCUGAAAAGAGACAAUUUAAGAUCGGUGUUUUGAAAUUAAUAGAUGACAUUGAACACAACCGACGGAAUAAUUAGAGUAUAAGUUUAAGGUAUUAGAACUAAAACUAACCAGCUCCUAUUAAAUAAACUACUUAUUUGUUAAUUAUUUAGUAAAUUUGAAUUCCGAGUUACCCUUUCUGGUAAAAUAUGAUGAUCGUUAUACUGAAGAUUAGUUUCAUGGUGCUUAUAGUUUUCGAUAAUUUUUGUACUGACUCUUCUUGGACAAUAAACUUAUUAGUCUUAUAACUUGUUAAUUCUUUUUCUUGCUAAGACAUUCAAAAAUGCAAAUUUCCAAGGAAGCGCCCCGGCCAUGGCGCUCAUUUACAUGUACAUAGAUAAAUAUCUAUGUACAUGUAAAUGAGCGUAAUAGAAAGUUUCUUUCAAUGUUUAGUGUUAAGAAAUUAUGUCUUAAAGUGUUUAUUUAAUUCGUUUUAUAUCAAGGCUUCUCUUUAAAUUCACUAAAUUUAUCACGUGUAUAUUCUUCUUUCUCAGUAAGAAGCAUAUGCAA